CCGGUAGGGGGCGCCGCGGAGCCGGGGGGGGAGCCAUGGGGCUGAACGGCGUGUCCCCCCCCUUCAGGAAGCUGGGGUGCUUCCCCCCCGUCGUGUGCCAAUGCAAAGUCAUUUGCAGCAACCGGACCCUGUCCCUGAUGUUCGGGUGCAAGAAAUAUCGCUACCAAGAUGAGGACAGCCCGCCCCUGGAGCAGAGCCCGGCGCAUCUCCCCAACCAGGUAAAGGCCCCCGAGCUCGUCCACGUCUCGGAGAAGAACUUGUCCCAGAUCGAGAACGUCCACGGCUACGUGUCCCACUCCCACGUCUCCCCCAUGAAGGCGAAUUCUCCGCCGGUCAUCGUGAAUACGGACACCCUGGAGGGGCCGGCGUAUGUGAACGGGACGGAGGGGGAGAUGGAGUACGAAGAAAUCACGUUAGAACGGGGUAACUCCGGGUUGGGGUUCAGCAUUGCCGGGGGCACGGACAACCCCCACAUUGGGGACGACCCCAGCAUCUUCAUCACCAAAAUCAUCCCUGGGGGAGCAGCGGCUCAGGACGGCCGCCUCAGGGUGAACGACAGCAUCCUGUUUGUGAAUGACGUGGACGUGCGAGAGGUGACGCACAGCACGGCGGUGGAGGCGCUGAAGGAAGCCGGCUCCAUCGUGCGUCUCUACGUCAUGCGGCGCAAGGCCCUGGCCGAGAAGGUCAUGGAAGUGAAGCUCAUCAAGGGGCCCAAAGGUUUGGGGUUCAGCAUCGCGGGGGGCGUCGGCAACCAGCACAUCCCUGGGGACAACAGCAUCUAUGUCACCAAGAUCAUCGAGGGGGGGGCCGCCCACAAGGACGGGCGCCUCCAGAUUGGGGACAAGAUCCUUGCAGUGAACAACGUCAGCCUGGAGGACGUGAUGCACGAGGACGCGGUGGCUGCCCUCAAGAACACGUACGACGUCGUCUACCUGAAGGUGGCGAAACCCACCAACAUGUACCUCAACGACUCCUACGCCCCGCCCGACAUCACCACCUCGUACUCCCAGCACCUGGACAACGAAAUCAGCCACCAGAGUUACCUGGGCACUGACUAUCCACAAGCCAUGACCCCCACCUCCCCCCGGCGCUACUCCCCCAUCCCCAAGGAGAUGAUGGGGGAAGAGGACAUACCCAGGGAACCCCGCCGGAUCAUCAUCCACCGCGGCUCGACUGGCCUGGGAUUCAACAUUGUUGGGGGCGAGGAUGGCGAAGGGAUCUUCAUCUCCUUCAUCCUGGCUGGGGGGCCGGCGGACCUGAGUGGGGAGCUGCGGAAAGGGGACCAGAUCCUCUCGGUGAACGGGGUGGAUCUCAGGAACGCAACCCAUGAGCAGGCUGCCAUUGCACUGAAAAACGCUGGCCAGACAGUGACGAUCAUCGCUCAGUAUAAACCAGACGAGAACAGCCGCACCAUAGGGACAUGGCGGGACCUCCAGCCAGGGGGCUCGAGACACCUGCAGGCACUGUCGGACCAUGUGUCUGUGCAGCACUGGGUGUGA